AUGAAGUCCACCAAAGACGUCUGCACCUACAAGGCCAGGUGCCCUGGAGCCCUGCUGCUGGAGAAGGGCCGUCCCCUGGUGCUCAGGCAGGCGCUGCGGCAGAAACACCAGGAAGCCCAACAGGCCUGCCGGCCCCACAACCUGCCUGUGCUCCAGGCGGCCCAGCAGCGCGAGCUAGAGGCGGUGGAGCACCGGAUCCGUGAGGAGCAGCGGGCGAUGGACCAGAAGAUUGUCCUGGAGCUGGACCGGAAGGUGGCGGACCAGCAGAGCACACUGGAGAAGGCAGGGGUCGCCGGCUUCUAUGUGACCACCAACCCGCAGGAGCUGACGCUGCAGAUGAACCUAUUGGAACUCAUCCGGAAGCUGCAGCAGAGGGGCUGCCAGGUGGGGAAGGCGGCACUAUGACCAGGCAGGGUUCCUGCCAGUGACCCGCUGCCCAUCUUGGCUGGGAAGACAGCCCUGUCCCACAGUCACCAAAGGCAGCAGAAAGCUGAGUGGCGCUCAUCUUCCUGAAGUCUGGCCACCACCCUCCCAGCUGCUUGCAGGAGGGGCACCCCGUGAGGAGAAGCUAGGUGGACCUGGGCUGCGUCUGCCACCCACCUUCACCUGGGCUUUUUUGUCCAAAGCUAGGGUGGGAAGGUAAAGGGAAGACUGGGCCCAGCCUUCCGGCUGUCUGCCCCAGGCUCCUGAUGUGUUCUGCUCUCGGCCCCUCCCUUGGCAGGUGCAGCCCCUGAGUAGGAAAGGCUCAUGAGCUGCAUGUGACCCCCGAGAAAUAAAGACGCCUCAGCAUAUCCUGCA